AUGCAGGUUGCUAAUGACCUGUGCUUUCCACAUCUCUUUAACAGCUCCUGCAGAAAACCUACAUCUUCUUGGAAUGAAACUGUUCUCCUUCACACCAUAUUGUCCAUCAUCUCUCUGCUCACUGUGGCUCUCAACCUGCUCGUCAUUAUCUCCGUCUCCCACUUCAGGAAGCUCCACACACCCACUAACAUCCUCCUUCUCUCUCUGGCUGUGUCAGAUUUUCUCGUGGGGCUCCUUUUGAUGCCGGGUGAAAUUAUUCGAAACACAGCCUGUUGGUUUUUUGGCGACCUCCUGUGUUCCUUGUAUAAUUAUGUAUCAUACAUCAUCACCUCUGCCUCAGUUGGUGACAUGGUGCUCAUAUCAGUGGACCGCUAUGUGGCUAUCUGUGACCCUCUCCAUUAUGCCACUUUAGUCACAGAGAGAAGAGUUAAAGCCUGUGUCUGUCUUUGCUGGCUUGGCUCUGUUCUGUACAGCAGUGUUGUUGUGAAGGCUGACUUAACUCAGCCGGGACAACAACAUUCUUGCUAUGGAGAGUGUGUGAUUGUAGUUGACUACAUUUUGGGAACAUUUGACCUUCUUAUUACAUUUAUUGCUCCAGUUACUAUCAUCAUAGUCCUGUACAUGAGAGUGUUUGUGGUAGCUGUGUCUCAGGCUCGUGCCAUGCGCUCUCACAUUACAGCUGUCGCACUACAGCUUUCUGUGGCUUUCACGAGGAAAUCCGAAUUAAAAGCAGCGCGAACCCUUGGGGUUCUAAUGGUUGUGUUCCUCAUAUGUUUCUGUCCAUAUUACUGUGUCAGUCUGGUAGGUGAUAACUUGCUCACCGACUCGUAUGCAUCGUAUGUCAUAUUUCUGUUUUAUUUUAACUCUAGUCUUAACCCAGUGAUAUAUGCGUUGUUUUAUCCCUGGUUUAGGAAAGCUGUCAAACUUAUCGUCACUUUUCAGAUACUGCAGCCUGGCUCACGUGAAGCAAACAUAGAGUAAAAUAUGAACACCCUGAAAUACAAAAAUGCAUUCAUAAGUAACACAAAGGAACAAUUUCAAAUUGCAUUUCCUUUGGAAUUUUGUAAAUCCAUAGGAAGCAGUCAGUAACUUGUUAUAUUUAUGUUGCACAAUGACUGUUUUUUGAAUUUUUUGUAAUUAUCAUGGUCCAUUCAGAUUAAAAAUAAUAAAAAUAAAUUAUGCUAGUU